UGGACUCAGAGGCGGGCACCAGCCUUACCGUGUGUGUGACAUUCUCUGUCUCUUUGCCAAAAAAAAAGAGGGGUUUUGGAGGAAGACGCGCAAAGUAGUUUCCCCUCCUUUAUUUUUCCCUACCCAGCCCGCCACCGUUUGGAGAUUAAUAAUUGAGCGUUUUAUUUAUUUGCGCGACUGAUAGCGGACGAGAGAGGCGAAGGGAGCGCACCACGCACUGUGUGAGGCUGCCAGUUUAAAUCUAUCUGUGGCUUGAACGGACCGGGAAGCACGCCACGGCCACUCCGUAGUAGUAAAGGGCGAUUUGAGGGCUACUCCAAAGCAGUGCACGUCCGCGAGCGACGAGCGAACAACUACUAUCUCUCCCUUGGCGUGAAAGAGAAAAGAAAAAGAUUGCCCUCCCCGACGCCGAACAUGAAUAAGCUAUACAUUGGCAACGUGAGCGCAGAAGCGACCGAGGAGGACUUGGAAAGUAUCUUCGAGCAGUGGAAGAUUCCGCACAGUGGUCCGUUUCUUGUCAAAACUGGCUAUGCGUUUGUGGAUUGCCCGGACGAGAAGGCUGCAAUGAAGGCCAUCGAUGUUCUUUCAGGUAAAGUUGAACUUCAGGGGAAACUUCUGGAAGUUGAACACUCGGUCCCUAAACGUCAAAGGAGCUGUAAACUGCAGAUCAGGAACAUCCCGCCUCACAUGCAGUGGGAGGUUUUGGAUGGUAUGCUUGCUCAGUAUGGUGCAGUCGACAGCUGUGAACAAGUCAACACUGACACAGAGACUGCAGUCGUCAAUGUUCGAUACGGAGCCAAGGACCAGGCCAGGCUGGCGAUGGAGAAGCUGAAUGGAUCUAUGAUGGAGAACUAUGCCUUGAAAGUGUCCUAUAUCCCAGAUGAGGCGGCAGCACAGGAGGGUCCUUCACCGGGCGGCAGGAGAGGCUUUAACUCGCGGGGACCCCCUCGCUCCGGCUCUCCAGGUCUGGGCGCGCGGCCCAAAGUGCAGUCAGACAUCCCACUGCGCAUGCUGGUUCCAACGCAGUUUGUAGGCGCGAUCAUCGGCAAGGAGGGUGCCACUAUUCGCAAUAUCACCAAACAGACCCACUCAAAGAUUGACAUCCACAGGAAAGAGAAUGCAGGUGCGGCAGAGAAGCCCAUCACGAUCCACUCCACCCCUGAGGGAUGUUCGAAUGCCUGCAGAACCAUCAUGGAAAUCAUGCAGAAGGAAGCCAUUGACACAAAAUUCACUGAGGAGAUUCCCCUGAAGAUCCUUGCACACAACAACUUUGUAGGAAGACUAAUCGGGAAGGAAGGACGCAACUUGAAAAAGAUCGAGCAGGACACAGAGACCAAGAUCACAAUCUCACCUCUCCAGGACCUGACCCUGUACAACCCAGAGCGGACCAUCACAGUCAAGGGCACCAUAGAAGCAUGUUCAAGAGCUGAAGAGGAGGUGAUGAAGAAAGUCGGGGAAUCCUACGACAGCGACAUGGCUGCUAUGAACCUCCAGUCCAACCUGAUUCCAGGCCUGAAUCUGAAUGCUUUGGGUCUGUUCCCUAGCGGAGCACCAGGCAUGGGUUCCAACAUGUCCAGUGUCCCUCCCCCUGGAGCCCACGGUGGAGGGUCGUCAUUUGGACAGGGACACCCAGAGUCGGAGACGGUUCACCUGUUCAUCCCUGCGCUAGCAGUGGGAGCCAUCAUCGGAAAACAGGGUCAACACAUCAAACAGCUGUCACACUUUGCCGGGGCCUCAAUUAAGAUUGCCCCUGCUGAAGGAAUGGAUGCCAAACUGAGGAUGGUAAUCAUCAUCGGACCGCCAGAGGCUCAGUUUAAGGCUCAGUGUCGCAUCUUUGGCAAACUGAAGGAAGAGAAUUUCUUUGGACCUAAGGAGGAGGUGAAGCUGGAGGCUCACAUCAAGGUUCCCUCCUUUGCUGCUGGACGAGUCAUCGGGAAAGGCGGAAAAACUGUGAAUGACCUGCAGAACCUGACGUGUGCAGAGGUGGUGGUGCCCAGGGACCAGGCGCCUGACGAGAACGACCAGGUCAUAGUGAAGAUUAGCGGACACUUCUUUGCCUGCCAGCUGGCCCAGAGGAAGAUUCAGGAGAUUCUCGCCCAGGUGAGAAGGCAGCAGCAGCCCAAGCCCGCGCCUGGAGCCCAGCCUCCACCGUCCCGCCGGAAGUGAAGGUCCAGCGGAGCUGGAGGAAUGGUGACUGAAUCUGCCAGAAGACUCGACAGAUGGACAGAUGCAGCAGAGUCCAGGAGGAGAAGACAAGGGGUCGUCUUUGCUCAUCUCAGGGGUUCGAAGGUUAUCACCAACUGAAACAGCCCCCCCUACUUGUCUUUUACUUGACGUACAUUCGAGUGUGGUUCAUAAAGAGACUGUGCGCCUCUUUACCUCCACCCCACCUCGGCUCUCUGCAUCUCUGUGAGAAUGUACUUCAGAGGGCUCCCAACGUCGUCACCUGCCCUCACAUGUACGCACCCCUGACCGCUCUCCUCCUCCCCCCACGGGUGUUUAAAAACAAAAAGAAAAAACAAACAAAAAAAAUUAACUUUUUUUUUUUAUUUUACACUAGAAACACAAAGAUGAAAUAAGGAUCCCCCUCCUAUCACCUCCUUGGUGUGGUACUUCAAACCUGACGAGAUGUUUUGGUUGACUUCAGAUUUAGUUGACACUUUUUUUUUUUUUAUAGCGUUUAAUUGGUUGAUGAAGCUUUCUCAUGAGUUUUCUGUGGAAAGGAAAAGGCAUUGCUAUCCAGGUCCCGGCCGGACCAACAGAGGUUUAUUUGGGGGGAGGGUUGGCUCAGAUGGGGUGGGCCAUGUUUAGGGGAAAGAUUCUUGUUUCAGGACAGGAGCCCUGAAAGGUUGGAUUAUAUUGGGGCGUCCUGCCCUUGUAAUGAUAGUGGCAUUUUAUAAAUUCGGAUGCAUUUUAUAGAUAGACCUAUAUACAUAGAUGGAUAUAUAUUUAGAGGUGAGGGCAGCACCACGACUGACACUUAGGGAAACGGUGCCGAACUGCUGCUGCCCAGGAAAACCAAUUUAAUAUGCAUUUUACUUAACUACCUCAGGAUCUAGUACCUCAGAAGAGAAAAAAUGAUUAUAUAUAUAUGAAAAAUGUUCCUUUCUUUUUUUUAUUUUGCUUUUGUGGUAUUUUGUAUACUUUAUAAAGCUGAUAGUCUUUGAACAUUUUUAUUUUUUUAAGAAAAUUUAAAAUUUGGUCAGCUGCCAACUGACCUUGCUUUCAACUCUGGUGCUUUAGGUGGCAUUGUACAUGUGUAUGUGUGACUUAAGAUGACCCUGUACAUAAAGUCUAUUUGUACAUAGCAGCGCUGGAGCAAGAGUUGGCGCCCCCUCAGCUGGCGGCUGACAGGAGUAUCGAGAGCAAAUCGCCUCAGUUUUUCCCCUGAGGGUCCACCAUCUUCUGAAGAAACUACAAAACAACUGAUACGUGCAAAUGAAUGCCAACCGUUAAUCACAGCAAUGCCAUUUAGUUUUUUGGGAUUGUCUUUGUUAUUGGUAACGGCACUUUAAUUUGUCAAAGAAUUUCCUUUUCGCCUUCUUACGAGGGCUGUGGACUCAACAGGGCUGGACCGCCACGGUCCGCUCUGUAGCGGCCCCACAAACCGCCGAGUGUCUCCGUCAUCUGUUCCGUUCAGGCCGACCGCCGCCUUCUCAACAGUAACGUCUUAAAGCAAAGUCCAAGCCCGACUAGGUUUAUUUUCAUAGAGCAAGCUUUGUCAGUUCGGCGUGGCCCUUGUCGCCAGGCCAUCGAGUCAAUGUUAACGCCGUUCACUGCAUGGUGAGGGUAGGGGGAGUCACACUGAUAGACGCAAUCUAUUUUUUUUUUUUUUUUUUGCGCUUUAGGAAAAUAAAUGAUUUAAGACUGACAUUUCUCUGUGACCCACAAAUGUAACGUGAUGUUUUCGGUUUGUUGUUCACGCAGGGAGAAAGAAGCCGCAAAGGGCACACAAGUGAAAAAGUACUGAGUGAACCCUGACCAGGGGUAAGAAUAGAGGAAAGGAAUCCAAAACGAUUUAUUUCAUUUGUCUCUUCAUGCCGAAUGUAAAUAUAUUGAUUGUGGUUUAAAAAAAAAGAAGAAAAAAAAAGUGCUUGAGUGUAUCCAUGCUUCCACAGUAGAACGCCGUCUACCUCAGCUGAGGGGGUGGGGGGGUUUGUUGUGGCACUAGGCGCCCCACCCUGCCCCCACUGAGCGCCAGCGCGCACUGAUACCUCAGUCCCCCCCAACCCCCCCCUUUCCCGAACACUUCCUUUUGACAUGGGCGCGCCAUCUAACACCGCGCUUUAACUGAGGGGCACAAGUGAUACUUAAAAAUAAUCCACCGAUCACCUCCCAACUCCCCGCCUCCUUCCUGCCAACCCCCCCUUCCUCCUCCUCUGCAGUUUGUUUUUGAUCUACCUCUUUAGACACAUAUUUGAAGUAGAGGCAUUCUUCUAUUUGUUAGGAUUUAGUGCCCACUCCUCUUUUACGCCUCCCCAGAUAUGAACUAAAACCUAUACUGAAAUCAUGUACUCCCUCUUUAGAAUUGAGAGAAUGAUUGAAAGUGAUCAAAAAAUAUUUUCUUUUUGCCAGUUUCUAUAUAUACUCUAUACUUUUUUGUCGCUUAAUUGAACUCUUCAAAUGAUUAUUUCUUUCUGCUUUCUAUUUUUGGUGGUGUGGCUUACAUGCAUUUGAACUUUUGCUUGGGUUAAUUUUUUUUUUUUGUGAAGAAAGUCAAAUCACAAGUUUGAUUUUGCAUUCAAUAGUUAAAAAUGAGAAAAUAACAAUUGUUUUUUUCCUCUAAAAAGGGCCUGCCUUUUUUGUUUCUGAUUUGUAAGACUUCAAAAAUAGAUACAAGUCCUGUCUUUAUUUUCUCCCUUAUGUCUUUCACAGUUGCUACACUCACUCGUUGAAUUGGUAGCUAUUUUCUUCUGUUAGCAUUUCUUGGCUGUGUUAUGUGAAACAUCCUCUUUGGUAUGGGACAGAUUUGAGGGACUGGGUCUCAGAGCAAUUUUUUUUUUGAGAAAGUUGAUGGAAUUUCAGCAUGAUAUUUCCCUCCUCCCCCUCUCUGCAACCAUGCUUGUGCCCCUUCACCUCUCCCUCACACACAGCUCCACUUGUCAAAUGCCUCUGAAUAAAUAAAAAAGAAAAUUAAA